UCUUAUUUCACUAGAAGUUGCCGAAAAAAUAAAAAUAUACUGAAAACAUUACAAAUAAUAUAAAUGAUACCAGGAUAACUUAAUAUGGAAUCAACUCAGAAUUUGUCAGAAUGGGAGCGCCUCACCCUUUGGAAUAAUAUGAGAUUUGAAGCAUUUUUGCCAACCACAAUUUUUCUGUUUUUAUGCUUUCCGAUAGGAGUUUUUGGCAAUGGAGUAGUUAUUUAUAUUUACGGAUUCCGUCUUCAUAGGAAAUACGCUGGGCGUUAUUUCAUUCCUUACUUGGCCGUCGCAGACCUAUUCGCAGUGUUCAUUUCCGUAGAACUUCACGUGGUCAACAAUUUCUACCCUGUUACGAAUAAGCUGGAAACCCUUUGUAAAUGGAACUUUGUUGCUGGAUUUUAUGCCUCUGUUUUUUCAGCAUAUGUCCUUCUUACUAUCGCCGUCCAGCGCUACCUGAAAGUUUGUAAACCAUUUAAAGGGCAGAUGACUUUAUUUUGGAGACGAUUUGCAUUGUGUCUUUGUCUUGCUCUCACAAUUCCUCUUGUUGUUCCAACUUAUUUUACAUUUGGAUUAGAGAGAGUUUACAACAAAGAAAUGAAUAUUACCGGAACUGCUUGUCGUAGACUGACCUCAACUACGCAGACUCCUUCUCUGAUUCACAGCGCCAUCUGUACACUUCUUGUUGUUAUAAUAGGAAUUGCAUUAAUUAUCUUGUAUCUAAAAAUAGCGAGUGUUAUUUAUCGUCAAAAUAAACUAAAUAUGAGAGAACCGAGGAAGAAGACAAACAUAUCAUUGAUGUUUAUGGUUAUCACAAUAGUAUUUCUGGUUUCAUUUUUGCCAAGAAUGAUCACAUUUCUUUUGGAGGGUAUUAUUAUAAAUGUGUGGGAAACUCUUUCAACAGAAGAAUAUGCCGUUGUGAGAAUGUUAGAAAUAUUGUACGUUGUAAAUCAUUUGGCAAAUCCCUUUGUUUAUGCUUUUAUGGAUGUCAAGUUUGUUAGCGAAUACAAAAAGGUGUUUGUCUGUUUCUUCAAAAAAUCGACCAAGAAGAAGUCGCCCCCUCCUUCAACCUCUUCAGAAACAUAUGGUAAUCAUCAAUAACAUUCAACGUUAUGUAUGGAUGAAAGACAUUUGAGUGUAAUAAGAUGAUGAUACAUUUGAUCACGCCUCGACAAUAUUACUCGAAUAACGAGUCCCUGUUCCUCAAUUAAAACUGCACAGUAUAUUAAUCAGCUUAAUAGUGAUUUAAUUGUUCAAAAAUGUCAAUAUCAAAGAUAUCCUCUGUUUUGGAUUUUUUCAUAUUUUUUUUAUAUCUCAUUGUUGACAUUCUUUUGUUAUUUCUAUUUGUUAUAAUAAUGCAAUCCCCGCUUGCAUAAUAACAGUAUGUUAUAUGUUUUAUCGAUGAAAUUAUCAGAUUACACAUUAAAAAUCUUAUUCGCAGUGUUAUCACAGACAAAGACACUGAAUGAAUUAAAGUUGGUAGAUUUUGGACAAAAUCAAUCUUAAGUUAUUAUAUGUAGACCAACAUUAAUUAGGAUAGAAAUCUAAACUUAAAUUAUAUGUUAUUGAUAUGUUGCAUUGAACAGAGGGGACACAAAUGAUGUUAGCAUGUGGGUUUUUUUCAGAAUCCAACAAAUUAUGUUUAUUGAUAUGCAUUUAUAAAAAGUGGUAAACCAAGCAAUAUCUAUUUCUAGACCAAUAUGUAAUUAAAAUGUUAUAUACAAUAUUUCUUUUGGCUGUAUUUGUAAUAGCUUAAAGUUGUUUACGGAUACAUUUAACGUUAAUGAUGUUAGCAUGUUUUACUGCUUCAAAAGUUAGAGAUAACUUUACAGUGUGAAUUACACGUGUACAUAUAUAUACUUUGAGUUUUUUCCUUCCCAUAUGAUAGUAUCACACGCCAUCGUGCGUUACUAGUAAUUCUUUUUUUCCCUUUUUUUGUACAUGUAAAUACGUUUAUGCACUUUUUCCCGUAUUUCCUAAUCAUGUUUGUACAUUUUUGUUAUUUGAUUAUGGUUAUUUUCAGUGUAGUUUAUGAUAUCAUAUAUAAGUCUGAUAUUUUCCCCAAUAAAAUUA